AUGGAUACAACAAAUCUAGUAAAUUGUGAAGUCACAACAAUACUAAAUGACGCAUCUCAAAUAUCGUCGUCGUCGUCAUCUGUAGCUGAUGCCGAUGAAGAUCUAAUUUCAAAGCUUACACAAUUUGAAUCGAAUUUAAUAGGAUCAAAUGUUAUUUAUUAUAUGAUUAAAAGAAGAGUAGAACUAGAUAAAAUAAAUGAUUUUUUGGAAAAUAAUUGGAGCAAAUUUGUAAAUUUGAAAAUUUUUUCUAAAUCUUCUUUUAACGACCGUGAUGGUGAUAGAAAAAGAAAAUAUUGUGAAAAGGUUUUUUCUGAAUAUUUUAUGUCAGUAACUGAGUUGGCGGUAUUUUUAAAAUCUGUACAUGAUUCGGCUGAUAAGAAAGGGAAAUUGGAUUAUUUCUAUGCUACAGGGAAUUACUUGUUAUAUAUGUUUGCUAAAAUAUUAAGGCGCCUUAAUAAUAAUAGCUAUGAUGAUAAAUUGAAGGGUAUUUUCUUGAAAAAUACUUUAAAUGCUUCGAUUGAUAAACAAUGCGUAAUGAUUAUUAAUGAUGAUGAAUUUACUCUAAAUAACUUUAUUGAGUAUCUUAAUUUAUUCUCAACAAAUUCAUAUAAUAACCAAAAACAACAGGAUUUCUUUAAUAAAUUUCAUCGAAUUAUUGACAAUGAUUUUAGUCAAACAUUAAUUAAUGAUAAACUACCGAUUUAUAUAAAUGAUGAAUUUAUGGAAUUAAGCAAGUAA